AUGAGACCUCAUGUGCGCUCCUACACUCUGGCCUUUGGGCUCUCCUUGGUCGGCUCGUUGUCCUUGGGUGUGCUGGCACUUUUCUCUAUAUUCACGCAGCCUUUGCAGAGUCGGCUACGAUACCCGCAAUCGACCAUCAACAGCAUCAUAAUCGCCCAAACCUUGGGUCUGAAUGGAUUCACACCCCUUUGUGGGCUCCUCGCCGAUCUCAAAGGGCCCUGGAUCCUUAGUCUGUUGGCGCUCGCUUGCUAUCUACUGGGAUUCUCCUCCGUUCUCUUUAUAUACCAGAACGAGGUGCUUGAUCCCGUCCCCGUGUACAUCAGUUUCUUUCUAAUUGGGUGUGCUCACACGUGUCUUCUGUUUAGCUGCUUGCUCAACUGUGCGCGUUCCCUCGGAAAAUAUUAUACAACACUCGCUAUCGGCACGCCAAACCUGAUGAUUGCCUUUUCCACAUUCCUCGAGAUCCACAUGCUGCAAAACUGGUUUGACGAAUCAGACCCGACUAAGGCAUUCCAGCAGAAAUUACGGUUCUUUAUGAGCACGCUUUGCGCAAGCAGCAUUUUUGCAUUUCUGGGUUGCAAGAUUACCGACCGAACGGAAAAAAACGAGCACGAAAUAGAGCAUUUCAGCAGCUUCAACGCGUCUCCCUUACUUUCAGGAGGCAGUGCGGUCUUAGGCUCCCACUCACCAAAGGCUGCCAUUCCUACAGAAGACCUCGAAUACGUGCAACUGGACGACCAGAUGUCUGCCUCCAGUGUCACCUAUAAGCACAAAAUCACUCGUUUUCUCAAAGAUCCGCUGAUGUACCCUCUAAACAUGGCAUUUUUCAUGGCCGUUGGUGCAACAGAGUUCUUUCUGACGAACCUCAGCUCAAUCCUGUCGUCUCUGGACCAGAACACGCUAGACUACAAUCUGCAGCUCUACUCCAUCACCUCGACGGUAAUUAGGUUCGUGAUUAUGGUGGCCACCGAUCAGGUCUGCGCAAAAUACGGCAUCUCUCGUCUGAGCAUUCUCGCAAGCUUGAUAGUUAUGUGCGGAUUGGGCCAUGUGUACCUGUCCAGCUGGCCCAUCGCUGGACUGCACAUCAACGUCAUUGUGAUGCUCAACGCCAUUCUCAAUUCAGGCCUCUACACGCUUUUCCCGGCAGUGCUGGCGGCAGUCUAUGGGUUUGAGAUUUUAGGGACAACGUAUGGGAUCUUUUCAUGCUGCUCCAUUAUCGGGAACAUGCUGCUCAACCUGGUCUACGGCGUGGACUAUACGCGCAACUGUGUGAAUUCCACUGACAGCAACCUUGUCAUCUGCUCCACAUACACCUUCCUGUUGAGCGGAGUAGUGCUAACUGUUCUGGGGUCGCUGAUCUACUGCUUGAAAAAUAGAUAUCUUGCAAGGGCACACGAAAAUUUCUAG